UGAGGGGAGGAAGUGAAGAGGCCAGGCAGCCCAGGAGCACCAGAAGGGGGGAGGGGCUUGCCUGGGGCAGGACUGCCACUCACCCUCUCCUGUCCCUGAGGUCUGGCAGCCUCAGGACUUGCCUGGUAUCAGUUUGAACAUUGGCAUGGAUGGUGAGGACUUGCCCAGCACAAGAUCCUCAGUUGUGGGGCGCAGGGUGGAUCAAGGAUGGAGGUGCAUUGUCCGAUCCAGCUCCAGUCUCUAGGAAGAGCUGACUGUGCUGGUGCUCACCUGUAAUCCAGCCUUGGGCUACAUGAAGAAUCUGAGGCCAGCCUGGCCUACAUGGGACUUUGUCUCAAACUGAAAAACAAUUUUUAAAUAGACUUGAGACAGGGUCUCACUGUCUGUCCUGGAACUCAUUACAUGGACCACGCUGGCCUCAAACCCACAGAGAUCCCCUUGCCUCCGCCUCCCUAGUGCUGGAAUUAAAUAAAGGUUUAUGCUACCAUGUCCAGCUGGGAGGGGGGAGAUUAAAGCCAGCUAAAAUGACUCUGAAUAAAGAGGCUUAACACCAAACCUGACAAUCUGAUUUUGAUCCUCAGGAAUUGCAUGGUGGAAGGUGACAACCAAUUCCCAAAAGUUGUCCUCUGACCUCCACACUGGCCACAGUAUGCAAGUGUUCACACACACAAAUAACAAAUGUAAUUGUAAAAAACUCUAAGAUCACCCCGGAAAACCGAAUGGGUGUAUGUGCUGCACACACAUACUGCUUAGAUUGAGAUUCAGCCGUCCUUGGAGGAAUCCUAGAACUUCAAAAAUGCAGCGACUUUGUGGCCUGAAGAGGUUCGGAGUCCUGUCGUUACCCAGGACUGCUGCCCACAUACCUGGUCUGCUUUGGAGUGGUUAGCUGCCCCAGGUCUUUGUCUCGGUACCCUGGCUGCUUGACCUCCAAACCUUGUAAGAUCCUCAGCUGCUCCCACCCACAUCCUUGGCAUGGACCUUCAAGUUUCCUGCCAGUCAGAUCCCAAACGUCACAGAAGCCGCAGCAUCACAGGCGCCAGCGCCCCCUUCAUCCCAGCGCCCCUCCACCUGGCUAGCCAAAGAGCGCACUGGAGGCGGAGGGGCAGCAGCCACCAGCCCGCUCCCGCCUCCCGGACAGAGCCUCCUUCAGCAUGGGGGUGACAGGUACCAGUUCAUUCCCCUGCUGUGGCAAGAAUGACGUGGAUAUCGUGGAUAUCAUGGAAAGAACGAGUGACCAGCAGCAGCCCCAGUCCCAUAAAGACAAGGAGGAUGAAGAAGAAGCGCCUGCAGCAGAAUUGCCCAAGCUGGAGUCCCUACCCGAAGUGCAGCCGAACCCAGGCCCAGUGCCACAGCUGGAGGAGAUGGCAAUAAUGAUGCCCUCUAAACCCACACCGGAUGCUGAGGGGGACUACAUCACUGAAAGCCAGGAGCAGCAGAUCUACAGUAUCGAAUCCCUCAAGCCCUAUAAGGAAGAGCUGAUAGAAAGGCCCUGGAGCUUCAAAACAAGCUCAAGCAGCAUGGAAGAGGAGCUUGUGUGCACCUCCACCCAUUUCCGCUCCAUCCGAGUGCAGACCUCCAAACACCUCUUCUGGUCGAACAAGCUCACCCAGGCGUCAGAGCUCAGCUUCCAGAAGGUCAAGAGCCCCCGGGAAAAGUAUGUCUCCAUUUCCCAGGUUCUCACAGAGUGUGCCCCACGGCCACUAGGCUCCAGCAGGUCUUGCACCAGCCUGCCCGCAGCCCUUGGUCUGGCAGAUCUGAUCAACUUUGCAUCUUCCCUGGCUGUAGCCUCCUCCAGCAGCAUGAACAUGCCUAAUUUAGAAAAUAUAAUCAAAGGUUCAUCCGAGAAGUCCCAGGAGACGUCUAGAGAGUUUUGCCAGCCAGGCCAGUCCGUCAAGUUUUCCCAGACUACCCAGAUUACCCAGAUGUCCUCGGAGAAGCAAGAGAAAAAACCCGAAAACAUGACAACUCACAAAUCCUGGACUCCAGAAACCAGGAAUGUAGCUUGCUCUUACAUAAAUUUUAGCAAGACAGGGCUCAAGAACCACACCAUCCAAGGAGAAGUGAAGUUUGUCCAGGCACCAACCACGUCCCCUCAGCUUCAGGGAGCCAAAGAAGACUCGGUGCCGGGAACCAAGAAAGGGAAUCCAUUAUUGCUGAAAAUCCUUUUUAAGUUGUCAUCCCCUCAUCCCCAGAGAAAUGACUAGACAAAAACAGUAAAGCCUCCAGUGCUGGCCCUGGUGAAGACUUUUUUUUAAGGUGCUCGGUUGGAACCCAGGGACCUGAACAUAUUUAGGCCAGUGUUUUACUCCUGGGCUAUAUCCUCAGUCCUUGGAUUUUUUAGAUAGUGUCUAAUUCUGUAGCCCAGACUGGCGUCAAACCCUUGAUCUGCCUACCUCGGCCUCUUGAGUGACGACAUUACAAGUAUGCACCACCCUG